UCACCGGCUAUUGAUAUCAGUGGUGAUACUAAUCACCAACAUCGCCACGCUGCAAAGCAUCACCAAGAUCCCAACUUCUCCGCCACCGGACCUACCAUCACCGAUAUCACCGUCCACUUCAACAACAUGAUCAACACUUACCGAUAUAUGCUUGGGGCACUGGGGCAGUUGUGGUGGGGAUGGCGUACAUGAUGCUACAACGAUAAGUCAAAGAGUAGACGCUUGUACGUUGUCUUGCCACUGUUUUUAGUAACGUAAUUUUUAUGUAUUAUAUUAAAGGGUGGAAUUAGCGUUAUUACUAAUUUUGUUGCAAUUUAUCGUAUCAUUAUCAACUAUUUUGUGAGGU